AUGAUAGAUUAUAAAUUAUUAACAGAGUUUGAGGAACAAAAGACUUAAUUUUUAGAAAGAUUUAUAUAAACUAAAUCAAAUAAACAAUAAAUUUAUGAUAAAAAAGACAGCAAAACAGAAUUGAUAAUGAGGAAAUUAGAAAAAGAGAGAUUAUAAACACCAUUUGUUUGUUAUCAAUUUAGAGUAAAAAAACUAAGAACUUUUGAUAAAAGAAAUAGUUACAAUUCAAAUUCAUUUAUAAAUAAUUAAAGAUCAUAAUUUAAAGAAUAAACUCAUUAUGAGAAUAAGAAAAGAAAUAACAGUAGUUAUGAUUUUACUUAACAUAUUAAUCGAAUGGAAUUGAAUGUAUAAACUAAAGAAAUAGAUACCUUAUUUAGACCUAUGUAAGAAAGAAGAUAAAAGACUCCUUUGAAAAUGAAAUUAUAAUCACUAGAAUAUGGAAAGAAUUAUCAAAAAUUAGUGGAUAAAAUAAUUGAUUUGGAUAAGAAUCCAAUCAAUUUUAAAAAGAAUUUAUAUAUCUGA